AUGCUUCUGGUGCCUUCCGUUCUGUGCGAACACGGCCUUGUUCCUGAUUGGACGCUUUGGAAUCAACUUCUUUACCAAUUCAAUGCCUCAGGUUGGGUUUCUCAAGUAUCCCUUCUUUACUCUGAGAUGCUUUCUUGUGGGGUUAUGCCCAAUGUUUUCACCCGCAACAUAUUGAUUCAUUCUUUCUGCAAAGUGGGACACUUGAGUUUUGCACUAGAUUUCCUGAGAACUGGUGAAAUUGAUACUGUUUCCUAUAAUACUGUCAUAUGUGGUUUCUGUAAACAAGGAUUGGCUUAUCAGGCUUUUGGGCUUUUGACUCAAAUGGUGAAGAGGGAUAUACCAAUCGAUUCGUAUACUUGCAAUACACUAGUUAAAGGGUUUUGUCAAAUUGGGUUGGUAGAGUACGCAGCACGGGUUAUGGAUAAUUUGGUGGAUGGUGGAAUUCCACAGGAUGUUGUAGGUUUUAACACCUUGAUUGCUGGACAUUGCAAAGCUGGACAAGUUAGUCAGGCACUUGAAUUGAUGGACAGAAUGGGUGGGGAGAGUCUGUCUCCUGAUAUUAUUACUUAUAAUACUCUGAUUCAUGGGUUUUGCAGCACGGGUGAUUUUGCAAGGGCCAAGAGUCUUAUAGAUACAAUGUUGAGAUCUCAGACAAAUGAAGAAUGCCUUAAUGAUGAAAGAGACGAUGGCCACAAUCAGACUGAAGAUAAGAAUUUGAAACCAAACCUUAUGACACACAGCACACUUAUUAGUUCUUAUAGUAAGCGGCAAGGACUUGAAGAAGCUCUGUCUUUGUCUGAGGAAAUGGUUAUGAAUGGCAUUUAUCUGGAUGUACUUGCUUAUAGCUCCAUUAUAAAUGGCCUUUGCAAGUAUGGGAGGCUAUCAGAAGCCAAAGUACUUUUAAGGGAGAUGGAGGAAACGGGUGUGGAUCCUAAUCAUAUCUCCUAUACUACCCUUGUGGAUUUCUUGUUUAAGGCAGGCUCUUCCAUGGAAGCUCUUGCCCUUCAAAGCCAAAUGGUUGUUCGUGGCCUGGUUUUUGAUUUCGUAAUCUGUACUGCUUUAAUUGUUGGGCUCUUUAAGGUUGGGAAAUCUGAUGAUGUUAAAGACCUGUUUCGAACAAUUUCAAAGCUUGGCCUUGUUCCAAACUUUAUCACCCACUCUGCGUUCAUACAUGGACUUUACAAUUUAGGAGACAUGAAUGAUGCAGAAUCUGAAGGAAAGCUUGGUGAGGCCAUGAGUUUAUUAAGGGAGAUGGUGCAAAAGAAUAUCCUGCCAAAUGCUUUUGUGUAUGCAACACGAAUUGAUGGGUGCUUUAAGGCAGGUAAACAAGAGCUCGCUCUUGAUCUUUACAAUGAAAUGAACAUGGGAGGAGUGGAGGGUAACAAUUUCGUACUUGAUACUUUUUUGAACAACAUGAAAAGGCGCAGAAGGAAGGAGGAAGCUGAAGGAUUAAUUAUGGAUAUGACUUCUGGGGGUUUGUUUCUUGAUCGCGUUAACUACACAUCUCUAAUGGAUGGUUACUUUAAAGAGCGACAGGAGUCAGUUGCCCUGAACUUGGCCUAA